UUGUAUGCAUGUGUUGUGUUCACUCAAAACAAAACAUAAUCGUGUCUAAUCGAACUGUCGCCUUUCCAAACAAAAAAUCUCAAGUGAUUCCAAACAUGUCGUUUACUAUUUUUGUUAAAUCAAAAUUCUAGUGUAACCAGAAACAGAGCAAUAAUUUUUAGGCAAAUAUAAAUUCUCCGCGACAGUGCGCAAAGAAAAUACAAAUGGACGGCUCGAACAUCGAUCACAGUGAUUCAGACUCCGGUGAAAGCUGGACCUUGCUGGAAGAUGCCCCGACUUACGCCGAUGAUGCUCUAGACUACUGCGACAUAGUUCCCAAACAGGGGAACACCGCGGAGAACAUCGAGAAAGAUGAAGACACCGACGGCAUCUCCGUCAUCACCGACAGCGAACCGGAGUCCAUUCCGUGUGAAAUUACAGACGACAUGCCCAAACCAGAAAACCGUCCCCAGUUCAUUUCGGUCCCGUUCCCCGACAAUAAACACGACGAAUCCAUAAGAAGCACAGACGACUUACUCGGAGACAACAGCAGAAAGUUCAAAACGUAUGUCCACAGGAGGAAUAAACGGCUGAGCACCGUACUCAACAUCAUAAUGCUCGGCAGUGUCAUCACGGCAGCAGGCGUUGCCAUAGGUCAUAUGUGGGGUGUCAGAGACGACUGCUGUAUGCACACCACACCUUCUGUAAACAAAAUACUAUCCAACCUAUAUAAACUUCAAGAAGAAAACGCCUACUUACGCAACAAGCUGAAAGAAUUGACAUUGCUAAAUAACAUAAAGCUGCAAAAAACAGCAGAUAAAGGUCUAAAACCGCCUCGCUGUAAAAAAAUGUUUGAAGCUCCGCUAAACAGCGAAAAUGUGGACAAACUGACGAAAUGCCUUGACGAAGAUAAUGAGAAGAAGUUACUGGAUAACACGCAACCGCCAUAUGAAAAACACUAUCUACGUGAUGUAGAUAAGCUUAAGAAUGUUUAUAUGCAAAAUAGAAGCUGGCUGGAUGAAGCUAUCGCGAGGAGGUUAAAAAAUGAGAAGCAACAAGUUAUAAAAGAUAAAAAAAGUUUAAGAAGCGUACUGGUCGAGGAGAAAUUAAAUCAACAGAAAGGAGAAAAAAAUGAAGGAGGAUUCAAUAUAAAUGUAAUUCCAGAAAUAGAGAUAACUGUUGAGGAAGAUGUCAAACCUUCACAAGUAAAGAAAAUCACUUACGCAGACUCACUGAGAUCUGAUAACAAAACAAAAAAUACUUCCGAUAGAGAUAACUUUGAAGGUGAAGGAAUGAGGACAAAUUACCGCAAGAAAAGGCCAAAGCGAUCAAUUGUUUCGCAAGAAAAAACGUUAGUAGAAGAAAGUGAGGAAGAGUUUAAAAAAGAUGACAGAUAUAUGGCACCAAGACCUAGACAGGAAAGGAAACGCGAUCGCCACCACCCGAACAAGAAGCAGAAAAGGAAAAAUAAAUAUGAAAAAUUUGAAAUUAACAACUAUAUCAAUGAUGAUGAAUUUUCAGUAACUUCUCAAGAGAAUGACUUUAUCCUUAAACAAGACAAAAACGAACAUAGUCGUGAUUUUGAACGGAGCAUUUAUAUAGAUCAGUUUGUAGAAGCUAAAGACACGAGAUCUACUCAAACUGAUGUGAAGCGCAAAGGAAAAACAUUAAAGGGAGAGAAAAAUGACAAACCGAAAGAAAAAGAUGCUUCGUGGUAUGAGAAACGUGCCAUGUUGCGUACUGAGGCUAGAAAGAAACUAGAGCAUGAAUUGUUUGGAGACAAUAAUUCAAACAGCGGCUGGUAUUUCAAACGUAUGCAGAAAAGAGAGCAAUGCCGCGUAAAGGGAGACAACAGCACUCACCGAAAGCACGAAAAGUCCAAGCGAGCUAUGAAUUUCAAGACAAAACGCUAGUAAAAUAAGAUGUUGACACUGCUAGUAUUAACAGCAGAUUAGAAUGGUUUCAUGUAGACUGUUGUGAUGUUCGUAGAAAAUGUUUAAGAUCGGGCUGGAUGCUGGCUUUGAUAUUCUUCACUUCAUUCUACACUAUCUGCUGAUGUAUAUUCUAUUGCAUUUGCUAUAAGCGUCUGAGAGAUCUUUCUUAGAAUAGCCACCUCAAAGGUGCUUACUAAGUAAAGUCAGCGGCAGAUGUAGCUAAGCAGACAAAGUUAUUUUAUCUUAGUUAUUUUAUUGGGCCUUUACGGCUCAUGAACAUAUUCAAAGAUUAGAUUAGUUCAAAAUGAGAGAAUUGUUGUAAUUUCUACAAAAAUGUCAUACUAACUAUCAUUUAUUCCAGAGAUGCGUUUAUUGAGUACCGCACCGCCUAUUAGUCCCGUUGUCAGCUAAGGGUUUAGUGGUGAAAUAUUUUUGAAUACUUUGUUCGCUUAGCAUCUUUUGCUGCUGACUACAUUUUUUAUUAUGUUUCUAUAGCAUAUCAAGCUUUUUCGGUGCUUGUCUCCAAACAAAUAGCUUUUCAUUGACAUUAAGUCAAUUGUACAUUUUGUACUAUUUUUAUCGUUACAAUAAGCUAAUAUUACUUAGUGACACCAGUUUUUACUUUUUAGCUGUUAAGCACAUAUAGCUCAUUUUCACUAUCCAGGGGCUUAUUCGACUCGUAAAAUGAACAAGCAAUCAUAUGUCCACAUUCCACACAAAUGUACACGGAAGAUUGAAUGGUAUAUAUAUGGUAGACAGGUCAAGCCUGUUACUUGUACGACUCGGAAAGCCCCGGGGUGGUCACUAAUAGACUACUUAAAGUAUUUACUUGACAUGACUAUGAUGGUAUUUGUGUUAAGGGUUGACCCCUAUAAAAAACACUUGAUAAAUAGUAUUAGUUUAUUUUGUAGGUAUUAUUUACACUUGCCCUUAUGGAUUCAUACAUCCAGUGAUAUUUAAUUUUAAGCAAUCUUCAAAAUUUACAGGUAUUAAUUAAAUUCGAUUAAAAACU